AUGGUAGCGCUCCGCUGGACCACAGUACUCGCCUCCUGGCUCUCCGGCGCUAACGUCUCCCUGAUCUCCCUCUCCCUCGCGCUCUCCUCGUUCUCCUCUUCGCCUCUGCUCUCUCCGUCUGCUUGUCUGGUCGUCCAGCGUGAAUUCACGCCACUUCUCCACCCUGACAUGACAAGCAUCAAGACCAUCUUCAACUGGCUCAACCGCGAGCACACACCCAUGAAGCUCUCCACCCACCGCGAGUUCGUGUUCACACUCUGGGGCGACGUCUACCUCCGCUACAACUCCCUUGUCAUCCCCGACGGUCUCGAGAAGUAG